AAUAAGAAGGCACCGUGGACGAAGCCCUCUGUUGAGUUCCGGAGAAAUCAUUAGAACAAGAACGCAGACUCAAUUACCAUGACCAGAAUAUCAACGAGUAUCCAGUACAAAAAGAGAGGUCGAUGUCAAGAGACAACGAGUGAGGAAAAGGAUGAAGCGACAGAAAAAAUGACGAAAAUAUGGUCCCUUGCCCUACCGUGGAUCGUAAUAGUCAUUGCCUCCAUCGCUGCCGCCGCUUUCGUUUCGAAUUCAAUUGAGACUGAUAGUGAUAUCAACUGGUCGGAACGCUCCUUAACAGAAGGAUCUUCGGAGCACCAUCGUGUUCAUAAGCCGGUUUAUGACGAAAAUCAUGCUCCUUUGUUUCCCCUUUCGAUGAGCGACCGAGUGGGAUUUACGAUGGCCAUAUGCGGUCUCAUGCUUGCCGCGGGAGGUGGGAUCGGUGGCGGUGGAAUUCUAGUUCCAAUUUAUAUUUUGGUUAUGGGAUUUUCUCCUAAGCACGGUGCGUAUGACGCAAAUGCUUAGCUCUUCAGAACGCCAAAAUUUGGUGCUGAACCCAGUUUCGGGUGUUAAAGACGUGCAGAAUUUUGUGUUUUAUCGUGCUGAUCGUUGGUCUCAGAUAUACGCUAUCCCAAAGGGUUUGUAGUUUUGUAUUGMUCCUUUCUCAUCUUUUCCGGAUUUUCCCUCAUGCACCUAUAGGAAUUCCUCUAUCGAAUGUUACCGUCUUUGGUGGCGCCAUUGCCAAUAUGAUUCUCAAUACCCAAAAGCGGCACCCACUUGCCGACCGACCAUUGAUCGAUUGGGAUUUGAUUUUGGUGAUGGAACCUCUUACUAUUGCUGGAGCGCUGAUCGGUGCCUUCUUGAACAAAAUUUUGCCGGAGCAAUUGUUAACAUUCAUGCUGGUUUUGUUACUUUCAUUCACAGCGAACAACUCGCUCAAAAAAGCCAUCAAGAUGUACAAGAAAGAAUCUCGAAUUCUUCGGCAAGAAGGUCUGAAACCAGAUGGAACUAAAGAAAGUGAACUCACGCACAUCAGUAAACAGGAGGAGGAAGAAGACAUGAAUCAGGCUGGGAAUGAACUCUUGGAAGACAUGGACCUCCAAGAGGGAGAAAGUCCUGGGUCCGGAGAUAGAAAUGUUAUGAUGGGCGAUCAGACCGACGCACAACAGCUGCAAAAGAUUUUAGAAGAGGAGCGGAAGACUCCUUUGUUUAAUGUUAAGGUAUUGGUUGGUCUUUUCAUCGUGGUCCUUGCGAUGAACUUGCUGAAGGGUGGUGGUGCAUUUCCAUCUCCGCUCGGUAUCAAAUGCGGGUCGCGAGAAUUUUGGAUCGCAAAUGGUAUUAUCAUGGGCUGGAUUAUUUUUAUAACCAUCUAUAUUCGAAAUUAUCUUGUGAAGAGAAACGAUGUUAAAGAAAGGGUUGGGUACAAGACCGUGCAAGGUGAUAUCAAAUGGGAUGCUCGGUCUACAAUAAUCUACCCUAGCAUUUGUUGCUUAGCGGGAUUUUUUGCUGGAAUGUUCGGAAGUAAGUAUUUCGCGUGUCGAUGUCAACGUUGAUUUCUUAACUGCUAUAUAAACGACUGCCACUAACAAAAAGAUUUGCGUUUAUUCUGUCCAUCAUUCCAAGUUGGCGGAGGUAUAGUAAAAGGUCCCCUGAUGCUGGCAAUGGAAGUCCACCCAGGAGUAGCUUCUGCGUCAUCUGCUUGCAUGAUUUUUUUCACAAGCUUCACUGCAACGACGUCGUUCUUUGUCUUUGGCCUCUUGGAUCCGCGAUACGGGCCGGUGUGCUUCUGCAUUGGUUUCGUUGCAACCUACUUUGGUCAGGUUGGAUUGUCCAUCUUGAUGAAAAAGUACAAGAGAAAUUCGUACAUUGCCUUUUCUAUGGGUGCAGUGGUGCUAUUAAGCGCUAUCAUGAUGACUGUACAGUCCGUAUUAAGCAUUGCGGAGGGGGAACAUCACAGUUCGGGAGGUAUCUGUGGGAAGGAAUCAUGAAAGAUAGAGGAAAUUUUUUCGAAGAACCAUGUACUACGUAGACUUCUAUUACUACUAGAAACAAAAAUACUUUGACUUG